UAUCAAUGUGGACAGCUCCUACCAGCCACUGUCCCGAGUCAAAGCCUGUAAACUGAAAUUCCUUUUUCCAGCUUGGAAUUCGCUCUUUUAGUGACAUCGGUAUAUAUUUUCAUUGCAUCGGUAAAUCAGAAUCAGCAAAAAUGGGCGAAAGGUACAAAUGCACAUUAUCUCCUGAGUUGUUAAAAAAGGCAAUUGAGGAAUUAAAUGAACCGGAAGAUAAUGAUAAGAGAUUGGCUGCAAUUGAUAAGCUGAGAACAAGAUUUGAAGAAGAAGAUAAUGGAUUGGAAUUAAUUCGAUCUGAUGAUGCUUUUUUAUUGAGAUUUCUUCGCGUUCGAAAGUUUGAUCAGGAUCGUGCUUACACAAUGCUCUUCAAUUACCAUAAACAAAGAAAGGAAUGGAGGGAACUUUUUGAUUUGGUGGAUGAUCCAUCUAAAGUUGAUCAUCUUCUUAGAUGUGGGGCUGUAGUUCCUUUGUAUGAUCGUAGAGCUAAGGAUGGUACAUUUAUCACUAUUGGCAGGCCAGGCCUUGGAUUUGAUGAUAACACAACAAUGGUUCAUUUUAUUGCUGUCCUUGUUUUAACUUUGGAAAAAUUGUUGGAAAAUGAAGAAUUUCAGAUAUAUGGCCUCACGAUUAUCGAAGAUAUGGCGGAUUUUGGACUCUAUUUAGCUAUGCAGAUGCCAUCGCUUGGAAGUAAAUUUUUACAUAUUAUACAGGAUGCUAUGCCUGUCAGAGUGAAAAGUGUUAACAUGAUUCAUGAAGCAUUAGUAUUUGAUGUUAUCUACUCUAUCAUCAGUAGUUUCAUGAAAGAGAAGAUGAAAAAUCGGCUUACUCUUCAUGGGGACAAGUUCGAUAAGCUUCAUGAAAAAAUCGAUCCUGCAAAUCUGCCUUUUUCUUUGGGCGGUUCUGGCCCAGACUUGAAUCCUGAUUGGUGGACAAGACAGAUUUUAGCUGAUGUAGGACAGGGUGAAGACACUGCAUUGUAAAGAUAGGCCUGGAUCAACCUGACAUAUGUAUAAAUGUGACAUUGUAAAAGGGCUGUUUUCUAUGUAUACGUGGCUGUGUAUAAAUUCUAGCUAUAUACAUAGUACUUUGUGCUCUCAAAUAUGUUUUUUUUGGAGGUUUUGAAUUUUUUCUUAUGUAGUAGAAUUGGAUGUAAUUUCGUGAUUUUUCAACACAAAUUGUUUUUUACUGAUAAACAAUGAUUAUGUAUGUACACAUGCUUGCUGAGAUUAAGAAAUUGCACUUAUUCUUUUUUCAAAUCCAAAUUAUGCCAAAGGUGAUUGUACCUUGCUCUUGUUGCUGAGUUAAUCAUUAUUAUAAUAGUACCCAAUGCUUGAGUAUUAUCUGACAAGGUCAGACAAAGAUAUCAUUGGCCAUUUCUGUAGUACAAUAAAAUUAUGUGUAUUUUACCUUUUUUUUUCAAUUCUGCGUUUUUCGUUACCUAUGCCUGUGUUCUCGCUCUUUAUGGUUUGAAUGAUUUUCAAAACUUUAUUUGAGCUAUUUCUAACCUACUUGUUCCAGUUUGAUGCAUCCCUUAAUGGUUUUGGUGUUGUAUGCUUUUUGCUUUCAGUUUGUUUAACCGUCCGUUUGUUUUUUUAGUUAAUUUUUAUUACAAUGUGUAAUGAUGGUGAAGCGUAACACAAGGUUCCAGUUUGGGUCCAUUACUUUUAAAAUUUCAUUAUUAUUACUAUGAGUUAAGAUAAGGACAAGUUUUUUAAAACAUAGACCACAGUGUGAUAGUAAACCAGAGAAUUAUAAACAAUCAUUAUAGUAUAGUACUGAUAAUAUCAUAAAAACAUGUUUUACCAAAGAGCAAGGGUUCUGCACAUUUGAAGUUUUUUUCUGGUGGUUUUUGGUUUAGUAUAUUAUGGUGUUGCUAACAAUUAUAGAUAUCUAGUUUACAACAUGGUGAAGUUUGCAUGUUAUUUGAGAUAGAAAAGUGUGGUUUUUAUUAGAUUUUCUCAGUUACUUAGCCACCUGGAUUUGCUGUAUUGAAGUAGCUCGUAGGCAUGCACUCUAUACACUUAUUUUGCCUUCAAUUCCAUUUCCACAUAAUCCAGUAACUCCUGAAUUUAAAUUUUCGAAAUGUUAUAGAACAACAAUCAAAGUUUUUUUUUAAUUUCUUUUUCUGGUAACUGAUCAGAUAUCAACAUUAAUUGAUAUAGUGUUUUGUCUUUCCUGAUAGACUCUAUCUAUUGUGGAUAUUAAGUUUGUAUUUGAACUGUAUUUCAGUUACUGGAUUAGGUAUGUCCUUAAUUCUACUUGAUCACAUUAAGCCAUUUGACAAUCAACUACUUUAUGCAAUGUACUUCCCUUUAUGCAUACGUUAUAGAUUCUGUUUAUACUUAAAAGCUGUGAUGUACUAAUUGACCAUCCAAUUUUAAUAUUAUCUUAAUUUCAAAGUCAUCCGGGAAGCAAUUAUAUCUGUGCAAAUGUGUCUUAUUUAUAUGUGUCUUUGCUAGUAUUAAAUCAUCAAGUGUCUGAGUAAAGUUUUUUUCCUUUGCUACCAUUAAAUGGUAAAUAUAUCGUGCGUAAUCACAGAGAAUGUUUUACUAAUAGCCCAUGAUAUUUACAAAAUUUCCCAUUUCCAUAUGUACCUACAUUGCUUCAUUACAUAUGCUUGAUAAGAUAUGAAUAAUCCGUCAUUCACUAUCUACUUACACGUUUGUCGCAAAGAUGAAACCAUAUAAAGCUCUUAAGUCUUAGCGCAUCAUUAGUAACUCGCAACUCUUCUCUCAGUAUUUUUUGAUUUUAAACAAAAUUAUAAAAUAUAAAGAUUCAUCAUCGGAGGCCAUUGAAUAAAAAGUAAUAACAAAAUUCAAUUUUAGCAUUUCAAAUUUGGGAAUUUUUUUUUCACAUUUAAUGUAUUUAUACAGAUUUUUAUAUAUUCCAGAUUGAAAACUUUUCCCCAACUUAUCUUUUGACAGCUCAAUUACUAUAAUCUGACAACUCAUACCAUUUUAAAGAAUCAUAUUAAAUCAAAUCUUUGAGAAAUUGGUAAUAAUAUUAAAAUAAUUUUCCACUAUUUUAACAAUCAAAUGACUGAUAAUUAUAUUUAAAUUAAUAGUGUACUCCCCAGAAAUGUUUGUUAAACAUGCUUUUUCUAAGACAUUUAUGUCUAUUAUGCUAUGCCUAUGCCGGAAAUUCAUCAUUUUAUGUCUUCCAACAUUUCAUUUUUAGUUAUUCCAGGACUUUUUAAUACAAUAUUUGGUGGGUGAUAUAUUACUACAACUAAAUUUAUAUUUCUCUUUCUGAAAAAUGUUAUAAUCAUUUUGGUGAUCAUAUUACAUAUUAUCGACAUUUAUGAACAUCUUUACUAAAACCAGAUACCUUUUUUCCAUUCUAUUCAUUUUCUUGAUAAAUUUGUUUGUAAUAAUCAUUUCAUAUGUUAUUGGAAGCUUCUUAUCAUUAAUCAUUUCAUAUUCUUGCCGUGCCUCGACUAUCUUCCUGAUUUUUUACCUGUAUUUUCCAAUUUUAGUUGCAGGCUUUGGAUCUUACUUUAAACUAAUCUAAUAAGUAUUUUAUAAAAUCAACUAUCAAUACUUGCCCCUGUUAAGUUUGCGAUUUUAUAUUCAAUCCAUAUAUCUUUAAACAUGUUUUAAUUUACUGUGGUUGUUAUAUUCCCAUAAAUAUAUUAUACUCUAUAUCAGGGGGUCCAAGAUUGGCAGCUCCGCGGGCCACAAAAUUACUUUUGCAUUGUUUGCGGGCCACAAUAGUGCCAAGAACUCUGCUCGUUUAACUUCGCUAGUUGCCUCAGCAAGCCAUAACACUAGUCAAUUCAGUGACAAUAGUGAUGCAACAAUAUAUCAAAAGAUUUUUUGGUUAAUUUUAUGACAAAACAACACGAAAUGCCAUUUUUUGAUUCUUCUCCGAAUGCGAUGCGGGCCACAGAUAAUGAUGUGGCGGGCCACAUGUGGCCCGCGGGCCUGGAUUUGGACCACCCUGCUCUAUAUUCAUAUAUAAUAUCAUAAUAAAUUACCGGUACUCACCACAAUGCAUUGCCUAAUACUUAGCUAAUAAAAACAGAUAAUUGUUCAUUUGCGAAGCCAUAUUUUUUUUUCUAUAUUAUCACUUGGAUCUAUAGCAUAAUGUAUUUCUAUUAUUAUAUAUAAUGAUGAAAUUACUACCGUAAGUGUUUAUUGGUUAUUAUUCAGAAUUUUUUUGUUUUGCUUGGGGUAGGAAGCGCCAAAUAUGCCAAAUGAUAUGUAAUCUGACUUGCAUCAAGAUUUAGCUGCAAAUAUGAGUUUUACAAAAAAAUGGUUGAUUAUGAUGAUUUCCUGAAUUUUCAAGAAUACUUUUUUCGAUGAAUUUAUUUGAACUGAAUUUUUUGGUCUUGAACAUUUCUAUGCUAAAAUAGUAAAAUGGAUAUUAUUCCAUAUCGUGUUAUUAGUUUAAUAAUCUAAUAUUAUGCUUAUUAACAAUUUUUGCUUUAG